AUGGAGCCCAUGAACCAAACCAUCAUAACAGAAUUCAUUCUUCUUGGAUUUACCACGAAUAUGCAGAUAAAUAGCGCCCUUUUUUUCUUAUUUUUAGUCAUCUACAUAGUAACGACUGUUGGAAACAGCCUUAUCAUCUGCAUGGUCAUCAUUAACCCUAAGUUGCACAAACCCAUGUACUUUUUCCUCUGCAUGCUCUCCAUUCUUGACCUGGGUUACUCAUCCACUGUUUUGCCAAAAUUAUUAAUGGAUCUCCUCUCUAAGGAGAGAACAAUUCCGGCCAUUGGUUGUGUCAUCCAGAUUUACGUCAUCCUCCUCGUGGAGGGAUGUGAGUGUCAGCUCCUUGCAGUGAUGGCUUAUGACCGAUACAUCGCCAUAUGCCGACCUCUCCACUACUCUAUUCUCAUGCGAUGGAGCAUUUGUUAUAGGCUUGUUUCUGGUGUAUUUUUCUUAAGCUUCAUGCUUUGUAUUUUUCCAUCGAUUUUUAAUCCACUUACUAUAUGCCACAACAGGAUCAACCAUUUCAUGUGCGAGAUGUUGGCUUUCAUCAAACUAGCAUGUGAGAACAUUUCGUCCAGCGAACUUAACAUAUUUUCCAUCAGUUUUGUCACUCUUCUCCUUCCUCUUAUGUUGAUCUUAUUGUCUUAUGCUUCUAUUAUAUCUUCUGUACUAAAGAUUCGCUCCACUGGAAGGUCUAAGGCUUUUUCCACCUGUACGUCCCAUCUGGCGGUGGUGGCUUUGUACUUUGGGACGGUCAUGUUGAUGUACUUUGGCCCCUCAUCCAUGUACUCCACAGAUCAGGAGAAGUAUAGCUCCAUUUUUUAUGUUAUUGUGUCUCCGAUGUUGAACCCUCUCAUCUACAGUCUCAAUAACAGGGAUGUUAAAGACUCAAUCAAAAUGUUCCUCACAAACUUCACACAAAGGUGUUCACUCUAG